AUGUUUCCAUUGGAACAUGUCUUGGGACAAAAGGAGGCUCAGAAGGCAAAGAGAAGUAUUCAAGACAGUAUUUUUUGCUCGGAAGACAACAGCCUGUAUUUUACAUAUAAUGGCAAAUCAAAUGUUCUAGAAGUUAGAGACCUCAGCUACCAGGUUAAUGUGGCCUCACAGAUUCCCUGGUAUGAAAAACUGGCACACCUGGAAAUGCCUUGGACACGUGCCACAGACAAGGAAUCCCACAUGGUAGCCAUACGAAACAUGAGCUUUAAAGUGAAAAGUGGGCAGAUGCUAGCCCUCAUAGAGAGCUCUGUUUGUGGAAAGGCAUCUUUGUUUGAUCUGAUAACAUGUAGGGACCAUGGAGGCAAAAUUACAUCUGGUGAAAUUUUAAUAAAUGGAAAACCCACCACUCGCCAACUGGUGAAGAAAUGUACUGCCCAUGUUCGGGAAGAUGACAGACUGCUCCCCAACCUGACAGUCAAGGAAACGUUAUUGUUUAUUGCAAAACUACGUCUCGCAAAGAUUUCAGAUUCAGAAAGGAAAAAAAGGGUUGAAGAUGUUAUAGCAGAACUGAGGUUACGGCAAUGUGCAAAUACGAGAGUAGGGAAUGAGUAUAUCCGUGGCGUUUCUGGGGGAGAAAGGAGGAGAGUAAGCAUCGGGGUCCAGUUGCUGUGGAAUCCUGGAAUUCUGAUAUUCAGUGACCCCACAUCUGGAUUGGACAGCUUUACUGCCCACAACCUAGUAAUAACACUGUCCAGAUUGGCCAGAGGAAACAGAUUAGUCCUUAUGUCAGUUCACCAGCCACGAUCUGAUAUCUUCCAGCUUUUUGAUUUGGUUCUCUUGAUGACAUCUGGCAUCACAGUCUAUUCUGGAGCAGCUCAGGAUAUGGUCCAAUAUUUCACACGAAUAGGAUAUCCCUGUCCAACAUACAGCAAUCCUGCAGAUUUCUAUGUUGAUUUGACAAGCAUUGACAGGCAUACUGAAGAAAGAGAGAUGGAAAGUAAGCAGAGAGUUAGCUUGCUUGCUGCCAUGUUCCAUGAAAACAUCAGACAUUUUGCCGAUCAUAUGUGGAGAAGAAGCCAACGGGAUAGCAUGACACCUGUUUCUGAAUCCAGCUCGCCACUCACUUUAGAAGAGACGGCAAUUAUGACCACCCAUUCAGAUGAUCACUUGCCAGGAUGGUUACAACAGUUCACUAUUUUACUAAGUCGCCAGAUCUCCAAUGACUUCCGAGACCUUUCAGCACUACUCAUCCGUGGAUUUGAAACCCUUCUCAUGUCUUUGUUAAUUGGGUUCCUUUAUUAUGGCCAUGGAAAAAGCAAUCUGUCUAUUCAGGACUUAUCAGCUCUUCUGUUUAUGAUAGGAGCUUUGAUUCCUUACAUUGUGAUUCUUGAAAGUAUCACAAAAUGUCAUUCUGAAAGACCGGUGCUUUAUCAAGAAUUUGAAGAUGGAUUAUAUUCAGUUACUUCCUAUGUCUCGGCUAAGAUUUUAGGAGAACUUCCUGAACAAUGCUUCGUUGUCAUCGUUUAUGGGAUUCCCAUUUACUGGCUGGCAAACCUCAUCCCUGAUCCAGAACAUUUCUUUCUGAACUUGUUGCUCAUUAUGCUUCUGACUUACUGCGCCCGGAUCAUGGCCAUGUGGAUAUCUGCAUUGCUGCCAACAUUGCAAAUCUCAGCUUUUGUUGGCAAUGCAUUGUAUACAACAUUCUUUCUGAGUGGAGGUUUCUUGAUAAGCUUGGAAAACCUAUGGAUAGUUCCAUUGUGGCUUUCUAAAGUCAGUUUUGUCAGAUGGAGUUUUGAAGGAUUAAUGCAAAUUCAAUUGAAAGGAGUGACUUACCCUAUGACGUCUGGAAAUGUGACUUACCCAAUUUCUGGAUCACUUGUACUCCAAACAAUGGGCUUAGAUUCGUAUCCCCUCUACGCAAUUUAUCUCAUCUUGUUUGGGAUGACCACGGGCUUCUUGGUUUUGUAUUAUUUAUCACUGCGGUUCAUCAAGCAGAAAUCAAAUCAAGACUGGUAGAAGCAUUGCAGGAAGGAGAAGGACAACGGGAGAAUGAAGGAAGAGAUAUGAAACGUCAGAUCUAACUCUCAGCACGAAAGCAGCACUUUAAAAUGUUUCAUAAAUACAAUCCAUUUUUAUAGAUGCAUUAAUAGGAAGAGGUAAAUUGUGUGAU